AUGCGGCUGGGUUAUUGCUCUUGGGUCCGCGUGGCCGCGAAGCAGGGUGGCGGGUGCUGCGAACUUUUCGGUUGGCCAGCUCGGCUCUGCUCCGGGAUUCCCUACCAGACGGUCCCAGAGAAGGGCAGCCGGGGCGGGGGAAGGGCCUGGAAGGUUGAAUCUGCACUGAGAUGGAGCCAAGUCCCCCAGGUUUGCACUGAUAUUGCCGGUCCAGGAGACAAAAUGAUAUUAUCAAAUUUUAUGUUACCGUCACUAACAUCUGAAGAUAAAUCGAAAGAUGACUCCAUCAAACAAGACAGGCCGUACAGGAUCUUUUUCAAAGAUCUCUUUCUUUUCAAAGAAAAUGAGAUGGCAGAGAAGAAAAAGGAGAGGUUUAUGAGCCACAGUAUGAAAGUGCACCAAAAGUCUACUUUUUCAUCCCGAAUGAAGAGUCGUUCACACCUGGGCCAAAUAGCUUUUUACGCUGAUGCAGCUGGUGGCUCACCUGAAAACUUUGGGCUAGAUCCCACUCUUAUUCUUAGAUUAAAAGAAGGUGCAGACACAAAAAAGACUGUCCAUGAAUUUAUUAAUGAUCAGAGAGACAGGUUUCUUCUUGAGUAUACUUUGUCAACCAAAAGAAAAACAAUUAAAAAGUUUGAAGACAGCAUAACACGGAAGGAAAGGCAACUCGUAAAAGCAGAAAAAAAGCUCCAAGACGACGCAAUGGCUUUCGAAGAGUUCCUUCGAGAAAAUGAUCAGAAAUCUGUAGACGCUCUUAAAGUUGCAGCACAAGAAACUAUAAACAAACUCCAAACAACAGCAGAGUUAAAGAAAGCAAGUAUGGAAGUGCAAGCAGUGAAAAGUGAAAUAGCAAAAACAGAAUUCCUUCUUAAGGAGUAUAUGAAAUACGGACUUUUUCUGCUGAAAUUGUCUCCAAGACACUGGCAAGUCCAGCAAGCACUGAAAAGGGUGAAUGUAUCAAAAAGUAAAGACAGUAUGAAUAGCAUCCUUCCAAAAUUAUUAGCAAAAUCAACAGUAAGUGGAAAGAAAAAAGAUGACAGCUUUGAGGAGUCCAGAAGGACUUCGUUUUCAGAAGAUUCUUCUCUGGGAAAAGGUGUCCAAGGUAAAACCAGAGAUUUGGAACGUCAUUCACAAAAUCGACCUGAAAGUAUAAGUUCAGAAGACAGUGUGGAAUUCCUUUUAGAUGAUGAUAUGGACUGUGAUCUGGAACCCGAGCUUUAUUUCAAAGAGCCUGAAGAGUUGCUUCAAGUUCUCACAGAGCUGGAAGAGCAGAAUCUUAAUUUGGUACAAUAUUCCCAAGAUGUAGAUGAAAAUCUCGAAGAUGUAAAUAAAAGAGAAAAAGUUAUCCAGGAUAAAAUAAACACCAGUAUAGAGUUUCUUUUGGAGCACAAGGAAAUGCUUAAGGCUAACUGUGAGAGAGAAGAAGAAAAAGCAGCAGAAUUGGAAUUAAGAUCCAGGCUAUUUAGUUUUGGAGAAUUUAAUUCAGAAAUUCAGGAAAAACUGAUAGAAUCUCUUAAUAAAAAAAUCAAUCAAGUGUACAGAGUCUGCAUAGGAGAUGCUGAGGUUGGCAGUCUCAACCCAGUUCAAAAGCUGGUCAAAGUGGAGUCUCGCCUGGUGGAACUGAGUGAUCUCAUCGAAUCUGUUCCUAAAGAACAUGUGGAGGCAAUUGAGAAACUAAAGCAGAAAGAACGAAGGCUAAAGUUGCGUGAAGAGAAAAUGAAAGAAAAACAAAAACACCAGGAGGAACGGCUGAAAGCUGCUCUGGAAAGAGCAGUAGCACAACCAAAGAAAAAGUUGGGAAGACGACUCAUCUUUCGUUCAAGACCUCCAUCUGGUAACAAACAUGAACUACAAUUAGUCAAUGAGACAACAAAAACACAGGAGGAAGAGUAUUUUUUUACUUAAGGCAUUUUAUUACCAGAAUUUUUUUAGGCAUAUUUUGUAGAUUUUGGUUUUCAAUAAUGGCAAUAUUCUGUCCUAUAUGCUGGCCUAACCAAUUUGAGGAAUUCAGGCCCUUAUUUCAAAGGUUAUAGGAAUAGGAGUAGGAGUUAUUUUCUUUUGUUGAAGCCUUUUAUUAUUCCUAAUUAUUGUUC